GGAGCCGGAGAGACGCCGCUCGGCCUCCACCUCCGUGGAGAGGGCCGCCGCGGGCCUCGGGCAGGAUGUCGGUGCUGGACGCGCUCUGGGAGGACCGGGACGUCCGCUUCGACGUGUCCUCGCAACAAAUGAAAACAAGACCCGGAGAAGUCCUUAUUGAUUGUUUAGAUUCAAUUGAAGACACCAAAGGAAAUAAUGGAGAUAGAGGUAGACUCUUAGUAACAAAUUUAAGAAUUCUCUGGCACUCUUUGGCAUUACCUAGAGUCAAUCUUUCUGUCGGUUACAACUGCAUAUUGACUAUUACAACAAGGACUGCUAACUCUAAAUUACGAGGCCAAACUGAAGCUCUUUAUAUACUAACAAAAUGUAACAGUACCCGUUUUGAGUUUAUAUUUACAAAUUUGGUUCCUGGAAGUCCUAGACUUUUUACUUCUGUGAUUGCAGUACACAGAGCAUAUGAAACUUCUAAAAUGUAUCGUGAUUUUAAAUUGAGAAGUGCACUAAUUCAAAAUAAGCAACUAAGAUUAUUACCACAAGAACAUGUAUAUGAUAAAAUCAAUGGAGUAUGGAAUUUAUCCAGUGACCAGGGAAAUUUAGGAACAUUUUUUGUUACCAAUGUGAGAAUUGUGUGGCAUGCAAAUAUGAAUGACAGUUUUAACGUCAGUAUACCAUAUCUGCAAAUUAGUGGAGGAUACGUUCUUGGCUUUAAAAUAGAUCCUGUGGAAAAACUACAAGCAUCAGUUAAGGAAAUCAAUUCACUCCACAAAGUCUAUUCUGCCAGUCCUAUAUUUGGAGUGGAUUACAAGAUGGAAGAAAAGCCACAGUCCCUUGAAGCUCUGACAGUUGAACAAAUUCAAGACGAUGUAGAAAUAGACUCUGAUGAUCACCCAGACGCUUUUGUGGCUUAUUUUGCUGAUGGCAAUAAGCAACAAGAUCGUGAACCUGUAUUUUCAGAAGAACUGGGGCUUGCAAUAGAGAAAUUGAAGGAUGGAUUCACCCUACAGGGACUUUGGGAAGUAAUGAGUUGAUCUUGAGUUGAGCUGGAUUUCUGUUUAAACAUAUCUCAAGAUUAAAGAUAACUAGUUUCCUGCUAUAAAGCAUGAAAUGAAUAGUUUUUACAUUUACAGAAAAAGCGUUUAAGAAAGAGUUUUUUAUUGAUUAAGGAAAA